GUGAGUGUCUGUGUCUGUGUGAGUGUGUGUGUGUGUGUGUGAGUGAGUGAGUGUGUGUGAGUGUGUGUGUGUGUGUCUGUGCAUGUCUGUGUGUGAGUGUGUGUGUCUGUGUGAGUGUUGAUCACAGAUGUCUGAUGAUGGAAUGUAUGUUCUCCAGGAAUGUGUGGUUUUGGUCAGGGCGAGCCCCAACGGGUCGUAUUAUUACCGCCAUUAUCGCUGCUGCUGCCGUUUCCGCCCGGCUGCCAUGUUUAGCGCAUUUCUGGCAUUCCUGUGCUACCUGGCGACACCUGGUCCAGCACAUCGCCCGCCUCCCAGCCCGGGACCUGGCAGCCCGGGAACCUUUUCUGGAACCCAGGAACUUUUUGGUUUUCCACCUCCAGGAACCCAAGCCCAUUUUGGUUCUGGGGGCUGGUCCCUAUCCCCCUUUUUACUCCCUGCUCGCGAGAGAGUACUUUUUGGUGGUCCACAAACUUGGGGUGGAUCUUGAUGUACUGAACAUCACUGAUUGGUCAAACACGAUGAUGGUGAUGUCUGACUAGGCUGCUUUUCAAAUGCCACCAACUUGGUACACGUGUGUUUGGUCAUCAUAUUAGUUCUAGUGGGAAAGGGCUAUAAUGAGCCAGUCUGGUUCCAGCUCUACAGUGGGAAAGGGCUAUAAUGAGCCAGCCUGGUUCAGCUCUACAGUGGGAAAGGGCUAUAAUGAGCCAGCCUGGUUCAGCUCUACAGUGGGAAAGGGCUAUAAUGAGCCAACCUGGUUCAGCUCUACAGUGGGAAAGGGCUAUAAUGAGCCAGACUGGUUCAGCUCUACAGUGGGGAAGCGGUAUAAGGAGCCAGACUGGUUCCAGUCAUUGGGAAGGUUUUACGUUUGUACUGGUAAUAAACAUUUUGUGACUGUAACCGGCAAAGGUGAAAGGUUAGCAGGUUACUGCUGGGCUCAGUGUUGAGAUCCUGAGGUCUUUGGAAGCCCUGUGUCCUGCUGCGAUGUGCAGGGUCGCUGAAAAGAAGGCUGCCCUGAAAGGUAUAAAAUAUCAAAGGUAAUGAACCCCCCCGCCCCCCACAACUUUGUUAAAAAUGCAUGGCAAACUGUAACCUCAAAAACGAUUUUAAAAGAUUCUUUUUAUAGUUCUAAAAUGAAAGCAUAAUUUUAUUAAUAUUUGUGGAUAAUUUUUCUUACUGUCUUAAACACAUCCAGUUUUGUAAUAUUUGAAUAUCGUGUCAGUUUUAGUAGUGUUUGUGAAACCCUGUGCCAGGUUCACAGGUUAGUGGAAUGCUGGUCAUGAGCACGCAGAUCAGUCCUCUCCAAGGAAAUGUUACAGUCCAGAACUGCGAUUUACAACACUGUCCUCUGUCAGAAACACCAUCGCUGUAUACCUUGGCGAUUCGCUAUUUAUAUUUUAAUAAUACAAGUAGGUGGACUUCGACAUGAAUUUUUCCAAAAAAAAAAAAAAAAAAAUGCUAGAAUAAUGCAGUAUCAAUCAGUAUUUUUUAUGAUGAUUUGGAUUUUGUGACCCAAAAACGGAGAUUUCUCAUUUAUUUAUUCUAGUUAGGGCCAGUCGGUGGUCAGAUAUGAACACGUGUCUGUCAUUGCAAGUGAGAACUAGAUGUGAAUGCGAGAAUGCAUGUUUUACCGCGUGCAAGAGCAGUUAAGUCUGCCCGCCUCGUAUGAUUAAGCAUGCUUUCUUUGCGGAGGUUUAUAAUCAAGGGUUAAAAACUGCUUUUGUACAUCUUGUUCUGUAGUUAACAAAAUACAGUGUUGGCUCGCCUCGCAGCCAGCUGCGUGCAGGCGCGGAGAAGACAGCUGUUUCUUUUGACGAAAGGGCUUAAUUUCGCAGUUCUGCUUUUGAGUUUGCAGGAGUUACCUAUUAUCGCACUGUCCCACGCGCGAAAAAAUGCUUUGAGAAAGCGCGACUGAAGUCAGAUUUAUCUCAAGUCAAAAAUAGUUUUCUCCAUGACUGUGGGUCCUAGGACACGUACAAUGUUCUUAGCUACUGUAAUAUUCUGUGAAGAUGCAUUUGGCAAAAAGAUCAGACCCGCUAAUUGGUCACCAGGAUAAUUACAGGGAGGCAUAUUUCAACAACUUUAUGUUGUACCGAAUUAGUAAUCAUGCAAUCAUCAGGGGACUUUAUUUAAAUAAAUUUUUUUAAAAACACGAGGAAGACCAUUCCUUUUUGUAUAUUUUUGUCCAGUUCUCCUCACAGCGAGUUUUGUCUCUAUGUUUUACAGCAGAUAAUUUUUCUUUGAAGUUUAACGGUCAUCAUUCAGCCGUAAGGCCCACGCUAAUAAACCGCUCGCGCUUUUUGCUUUUCGUCACGCUCAGAAGACAUGGGCGUAACGCAGGGGGUCGAACAAACGCAGCCAAUCGCAAACCGGCUGCCAGUUGAUUGACAGCGGGCUAUUUAUUUAUCUCAUUGUCCCCCUCGGUACCUGUCAUAAAGGGGACCAUGCGCGCACAGGUGGAGAGAAUGAUUUCUCAGAUAGCCCUGGUGGGGGCGCUGUGCUGUUUGACACUCCAGCCAGGUUUUCUGGAAGCCUCUUCUCUGAGGAAGAUUACACAAAAUGGAGCUCCGCCCCCGGACCUCGGUGCUGUGAGCGUGGAGUCGGACCAGGCCCACGGCUUCCUGUCCCGCCCACGGCCCAAGCGGCACAUCGACCCGAAAUGGCACCGCAACCCGCCCGACUUCCAGGCCUACUACAAAUACUACAACAACAUCGGGCACAUCGAGGGGCUGUAUGAGAUUGACCGGAUCCGGAUGCUGUACCAGCAGAUGAGGCACCUGGAGCACGUGUACGGACCCGAUGCGUCUCAGUACCAGAACAGCCUGGGCCUCCUGCCCACCAAGUGUGACCCGGCCAAGGACAAGACCUGCAAAACGCCUGCUGCAGCACCCGCCGGCACCCCCGCCCCCUCUCCUCCCCCCCCGCCCCCGCCCAGCACCCCGGCCCCCCCGCCCCCGCCCCUGCCCAUGGCCCAGGCGGACGUGGUGUACCUGUGUAACCCCACAGACCCACAGUGCCGCCCUCACCUGGUCUACCUGCCCACAGGGGCUGUCCCCGUGCUCUGUGACCCACGCUACCAUCCCGCCUGCAAGCCCAAAACCGGGGAGGCCCCCGCCCCGCCUGCCCCGCCCGCCACGCCUGCCCCGCCCCCUCCUCCUCCACCCCCCGCCCCCAAAAAGUCCCUCCCACCCCCUCCCCCAGCUCCCAUUAUCAUUAAGGGAAUGGAGUACGACUGCGACCCGUACUGGGACCCCGACUGUCUGAUCGACCACCCCCCACGGCCCGUCAAAACCAAGACCCCGCCCCCACCGCCCCCGCCCCCACCGACCCCGACCCCGACCGAGGCGGAGGCCGAGGGCGGAGAGGAGGAGGAAGAGGCCACGCCCGUCCUCGAACCCAAACCCCUCGGCAAGGAUAAAAAACCCGCCCCCUUCCUGUACGACUAUCGGCGUGAGCUGUUCGACCCGUACCUGUACUCCAAACCGGCCCCCGACCCAGAGUAACCUACCGGUACCUUCUCUGAGCCUGCAGAACCACAGAGACACCAGCGGGAAUACACACACACACACACACACACACACACACACACACAUAUACACACACACACACACACGCACUCACACACACACGUACUCACACACACACACUUCAGUGCGGUAUAGUGCCCCUGGUGCUGUGGCUGUGCUGUGUUUGGUGUACGGCAAGUGUCUGUCCUGGCUGUGUGCGAUGUCCUCCCAUUACCCUUUCGGCUACGCUGGUGGUUUUUACAUUUUAACCUUUGACCUCUGAGCCGUUAGUCACACACACAUGCAGUUCUGUUUUGCUUUAACGGGCUGGUCUUUUAAAUACUUUCUGCCACUCAGUGUGUUUCCACGGCAGCAGAUUGAGCACAGAGUUCCCACACUACCGUUACGGUUAGCUCUCAUCCUCAUCACUACUACACAUCGCCAAAACCCCUCAUCCAAAUCGAAUUUGGAUUGAUAACAAGAGAAGAAAAAUAAAUGAACAUGUUGACGUGGUU